AUGAUUGCCUCUCUUACCUAAAUAGAAGAUUAAAACAACAACACUUUAUAUAAUUCCUUAAGAAGAAACUCGAAAUCAGUAACAUUCGAAAAAGUCCCAAAACAUUAACGAACCUCAACAUGCGGAUCGGGAAGCACUAUGGAUGAAGAAUAUAAUGAAUCAUGUCUGAGCAGUAGUAGAAUGGACGAAGAAUUAAGCAACCCCCAAUUCAUUAGCAAUUAUAGAAAGGACAUAUUUCGAUACAUUUUAGAAGAAUAAAGUAACUACUUACCUAACUCCUGCUUUAUGGAACAAACCCAAAAAGAUAUCAAUUAAAAAAUGAGGUCCAUCCUUAUCGACUGGAUUGAAGAAGUUCACAUGAAAUUCAAACUUUCUCCAAACAGUCUCUAUCUAGCCAUCAACCUCAUAGACAGAUACCUUAGUGUCAACAUCGUCAAGAGGAACCGACUCCAAUUGGUGGGCGUUGCAUCCCUCUUCAUUGCAUCCAAAUUUGAAGAAAUCUACCCUCCAAAUAUCAAAGACUUUGUCUACGUCUGUGACAGAGCCUACACCAAGGAAGAAAUACUCUAAAUGGAAGGCUCCAUUUUGAAUACUGUUAACUUUUCACUAAACUACAUCAGUCCUCUAAGAUUCUUAGAAUUUACUGUUAUUGAAAACACUUAAAUUGAAGACAAUAAAGUAUUUCAAACCCAACAAUUUCAAUUAUCAUCCUACAUACUUGAGAUUGCCUUGCAUAGUUAUGAAAGUCUACAAUAUAUGCCUUCAUAACUGGCUCACUCGGCAUUGCUCUUGUCAAACAAAAUUUUAGGAAUAUAAUCCGAAAUGGAAAUCACAGACGAAUCAAAAUAUUGUGCCACUUAUUUAUUGUAGCUUUACUACAACAAUUAAAACAAUACUUUGUAUCCAGCUGUGAAGAGAAAAUAUGCUAGAGAGGAGCAUUUGCAAGUCUCAUAAAUCACAAUUUCAAUUUGA